CCUCUGGUUGUGAAUAAAGAGAUGAAAAAUCUAUUGAAGUAACAGUGAAAGCUACUUAUCCACCACAACAAACCAAUAUCACCAUCAGUCCAAUGUCAGUAAAAAAAGGUCAAAAUGUGACAAUAACCUGUGAAUCAGAUGGUUAUCCUGAACCAACCUACACUAUUUAUCAUAGUGGUGAAGUUGUCAGUAAUAAAAAGACAUACAUCAUUAAUUCUUUCAACUUCAGUAAUGCUGGUUCAUAUCGUUGUGAAGCAACAAAUAAGCUGGGAAAUGAUUUUUCUGAUGUUAACAAUCUUAUUAUCAUUAAAGAUCCACCACAACAAACCAAUAUUACCAUUAGUCCAAUGUCAGUAAAAAAAGGUCAAAAUGUGACAAUAACCUGUGAAUCAGAUGGUUAUCCUGAACCAACCUACACUAUUUAUCAUAAUGGUGCAGUUAUCAGUAAUAAAAAGACAUACAUCAUUAAUUCUCUCAACUUCAGUAAUGCUGGUUCAUAUCGUUGUGAAGCAACAAAUAAGCUGGGAAAUGAUUUUUCUGAUGUUAACAAUCUUAUUAUCAUCACAGACAACGUUCUUUGUGAUGACCAAAAUGAGAGAAUAAAACAGUACAAAACAGAAUGGUACAUUAUUUUAAUAACUUUAACAUCUGGAAUUAUCGUUGGAAUUUUGGUUUCUAUUGUUUUUCAAUAUCGUCGACAUUUGUUUUGUAAAAAACGUCAACAAUUUCAAUAUCCAUCUGAAGUUAGGAUAAAUUCUGUUGAUACAACUUAUCAAGGAUUGGAUUUAUCAAAAAUGAAUAAAGAAGAUAAUUAUCAAUCAUUGAGACCAAAGGAUGACACAGUUGAUAAAACGUAUCAAGAACUGGACAUAUCGAAAAUGAAUAUAGAAGAUAAUAACUAUGAAUGUUUGCAAAAAAAUGAUGAAUCGGAGUACGUGAUAGCCGACGAAAGAAGAAAUUAUGAGAACAGUAAUUUGUUAUUCUAAACAUGUGUUUAUAAACAUUUUCCAUGUUGUAAAGUCACAAUGGCGCUUUUACGAACAUUUACAUUUUCUAAUAAGAUUUGAAUUUUGCAUCUUUUCCUCCCUUUGGAGCUGCCAAUACUUUAUGAUUUCCAGAAGGAAGCCAUUUUUGGAUGAGAAAAUACACUGGUCAUUCUGACUCAUUUUUUUGA